GCUGCGAAAAAACUGCCAUAGUGCAGACGUGAGGAAUGCCUAGAGACCUCGUCGCGCUGAUUGGUUGGAUUACAUGACAAUUCUCCACACGAAUUCAGUUUGCCUAAAUACACUUCAUUAUAUAUAAUUUGCUUCCUUGUUUAGGCUACCUUGCAGGUUGGUCCGGCCUGAUCGACAUGAAAAUCCGUUUAAAGGUAUUCCAUUAAAUUAGGGUUGAAGGAGUAGAGAAAAGAAGAAACAAAGGCAUGCUGAGAGACAACAUUGUAAACGCGCAUUAGCUCACUGAUUGUCUUUAUAAGCAUCAUUUAUGUAUACGUUCUUUCAGAUAAUAAAAUGAAACUUACAGCUCGAAAACAAUACAUCAACAGGGAGAGACCCUGUUUAAAAAUGAUGUUUACUGGGAUCUGCCUUGUAUUAAUAUGUUUUCUGAUUGUAUGGUCGUAUAUAGGAAGUAAAGAAAACAAACAAGAUCCAAACAUCUUUUUGUCAAUGUACAACUCCAGAGACAUCUCCACCUCUCCUGCAGAAGUUCUGCUAGAAAUCAGUUCAGAAGACUCAGAGUCAAGUUCAAGUUCAUUUUACUCUGAAUUUGGAAUCAGUUCAGAAAGUUACUCCAGUUUACAGCAAACUCUUUACUGGGCUGGACCAGACAGAUCAAUUACAAAUGUGUCUAUGAGUACAAGUCCAGCUCACUCCACCUUUAUCAUUCAGAACCUGAAAGACAGCUACCAAAUAGGGGAGGAGCUUUUUGUUACUAUCCAUGCCAGGGACUUUAACAAUAAAUCUAAACGUUAUGGAGGGGAUUUCUUUCAAGCAAAGCUUUUCUCAUCCAAAAGUCCCAAAAAGGCCAGUGUGUUUGGGAAGGUGGUGGAUUUGCUCGAUGGCUCCUACUCUGUGCGUUUUCUUCUGCCGUGGGUUGGACUGGCACAGGUGGCUGUGCGUCUGAUUCACUCCAGUGAAGCUGUGCAGGUCCUCAAGCAUCACAGAGCCACAGAUUCUGACAGAGUGUCUUUCCUUGGAUAUUUUGAAGGACCAGGACCGAAUGGGACCCGACUGAAAGAAACAGUGUUGUGCACUGUGAAGUCAGACAAGAAUGGACUGGAGAAGAUAAAAAUUGGAGAUUGUUGCUGUGAAUACAAAGAUUCUCGCACUGGAGAAGAAUGGCGCUGUCAGAGACCCAAAUCACUGCCAUGCAGCGCUCGUGUGUAUCACUCUUUUGGAGAGUAUAUCAACCACCUGACUGCCAAAGAAGCAAUGUUUUUGAAUCCAAGCAAUAAGGGUAUCAAUGGACUAAAAAACAUAAUCAAGAUUCUUCCCUCUAACGGAAGUACAACAAUUGAUGUAACACAGAAAUGUCGUCCUGGUUUGCACACACCAGUUCCUGCUGGCUUUUACCUGAAUGAUGUGUGGACAUCUUUGUUGUGUAGCACCCGUCGUUUUAAUACCCAAACAACAACACAGUGCCUGAAAGACAAACACAUCUUUAUGAUUGGAGACUCUACCUUGAGACAGUGGUUUGAGUUACUGGUGAAAGUUGUACCAACUUUGAAGCAGAUGAACCUGCAUGUUAUACAUCAGACAGGUCCACUUAUAGCAGUGGAUGUGGAGAACAACAUUGACUUACACUGGAGGGCUCACGGUGUUCCUCUACGAAGUCGUAAAACUGAAGUUACUAAUCUGCACUACAUCAGUAAUGAGAUUGAUGAUCUGACUGGAGGACCUCACACUGUGUUUGUUUUUAACGUGGGGAUCCACUUUACAACAUUUCCUCUAGAUUAUUUCACCAAAAGAGUGCUGAGGAUCCGCAAAGCGGUAUUAGAUUUGUUACAGCGCGCACCAGCAACUACUGUUAUAAUCAAGACUGCCAACACUGGCUUUAAGGAUGUGUUCAGCAGUGACUGGUAUUCUUUGCAGUUGGACACAAUUCUACGGUGGGCUUUUCAGGAUGUUGGUGUUUAUAUUAUAGAUGUGUGGCAAAUGACAGCCUGUCACUACAACAAAGAGAACAUUCAUCCAGGUGGUGUUAUCCUAAAAAAUGAGAUAGACAUUUUACUUUCUUUUAUUUGUCCUGCAUGAAUUUUUUAAAAGGAAUGACAAAGUCAAAGGAUAUCCUGUUAUGUACUUUAUUUUCUUAAAUGUGAAUUUUCUUUUUUUAAUAUUAAAAAAUAUAUAUUACUUUGCUUUU